GGGUAGGAAACUUUUCUCUUCCGGGAAAAUUGCUCUUCGUUUCCGCAUUGCCACCCUUCCUCGUCUUCCAGCAGAUUUGCAACAAGAAGUAGGAAGACAGAAAAUGGAGAUUCUACAAUGCACAGGUAGACGUUUCCAAAAUAUGUGUGAUUCAACGAAUGAUCUUAUCAGUUAUGAUGACAAAGCAUUCGUGUCCACCUAUUACGAGAGGUCAUCUUUAAGACUGUUGACAGACCACGGAAGAAUAUUCAUCAAAGGGAGAUCUGGUUCUGGCAAGUCAAGGCUUGGUCUUAGACUUCUGUCGAAACUAUCUGAAGACAACAGCAGAGUACCUGUUUUACUGACAUCAGCGGAGGAAUGGAAACUGAUACCCAAAAGAACUGGCCGUGAUCGACGCAGGUACAUUGUGAUGAUAGAUAACAUAUUUGGGUCCAGUAACUUAGUCCCUUCAAGAGUAGGUGAAUGGGGAAAAACAUUUAAUAUUAUGUGGCCAUCAAUCGAAUCACAGCAUAUCCUUCUUGUCAUCACUUCGAGACCAGAAAUAAGUGUCAAGUGUGAAGCUGAACUGAAGAAAUAUAAUUUGAUGAAGGACAUACCGUGUGUCAAUUUGGAUGAGGGAGAAUAUGCACUUCAGCACAGUGAGAAAGGGAAAAUGCUGCAGACUAUCUGUCCAAUCAAGAGUGGCUUCACAACGGAGGAUAUAGAAGUUAUUACUGCAUCAAGAGCAGCCCUGGGUUUUCCUCAGUGUUGCAAGUUCUUUGCAAACAGCAAACAAGCACAGGGUAAGGGAGUUAGUUUCUUCCUUCGACCACAUGAGUAUGUCUUAGAGGAGAUAAACAGACUACAAGAAAGUGAUGGUUUGGGGUACCUAGUUCUUCUCCUGAUCCUAAUGCAAAACGGGUGCAUAAAACACACACUUCUUAAGAAGAGGACGCCAGAGUUCAGCAACAUAGCUGAAACUUUAAAAGAUGUGUGUGCAGACAUACCUGAGAAUCCAAGUCUUGUUGGAAUCCGAGAAAAGGCUGAUUCACUCUGUGGUGAAAUUAUCCUGAUGUGA